CUAGAUUCCAACAAAUACCCAGCAGAAUGUCCUCGGUAGGAUUCACCUCGUCGCUCGAGGAUUUCCUCGCACAAACCUUUGACUACCUCAUCAUCGGUGGUGGGACUGCUGGUCUGGUCGUCGCAUCACGACUGUCUGCAAACCCUGAUGUGAAAGUAGGCGUCAUCGAGGCAGGAGAUGCAGGGUUUGAUGAUCCAAAUAUUACCAAUCCGGGAAAGGUUUCGGCCAUGCUACACAAUCCCAAGUAUGACUGGAUUUACCAAAGCACGCCACAGGUAGGUCUUUCCGACACUUUACGCUUCGGAGCAAUCUGAAGGGUCCCUAGGCGCACAACCAAAACCGAUCCCAUCACAUACCCCGAGGUAAAGUGCUCGGAGGAUCGAGCGCCAUUAACUUCAUGGCAUAUGGGAGACCUUCCGCGAUUGACCUCGAUGACUGGGGCACCAUAGCAGGAAACAGCGAUUGGUCAUGGGCAGGACUAGCUCCGUUCUAUCGAAAGAGCGAACAGCUUGAGCCGGCUGGACUGACCGGCACUGCAUUGGAUCUCUGUCCCGUGCAGAAAGAGGCACAUGGCACGCAAGGCCCGAUUCACACUUCGCUAGGCCCUUGGCAGGCCCCUAUUGAAACCCCGCUGCUAGCCGCAAUGGACGAGGUGUCGGGGCUGUCUCGACCCCAGGAGCCGUGGAAUGGAGAGCACCUGGGCUUUCAUCGCUGCCUCUUUACUAUCGAUCGAAGCGAUGGCCUCCCGCAUCGCAGUUACGCGGCCAAUGGUUAUCUAUGGCCAGUGCUGAGUAGAUCAAAUCUCCACGUCCUGACCAAUGCGGCAGUCACCAGGAUACUUCUUGAUGACGAGCAGUGCGCUCGUGGGAUUGGUUUUGUUCAUGAGGGUAAUCACUAUCAGGUCAGCGUCGCACGCGAGGUUAUUCUAUCAGCCGGUACUUUCGAAAGUCCCAAGCUGCUGGAGCUUUCAGGUAUCGGAGACCCUGAACAUCUCGCCUCUCUGGGCGUUCCAUGCCGGGUUCCUCUUCCAGGUGUCGGGUCAAAUCUCCAGGAACAUCCCGUGUCCGCGGUGGUGUACGAAUUAGCAGACGGAGUUCUGUCCAUAGAUUCCAUCCUUCGUGACGAAAGCUUGCUAAAGCAGCACCUGCGACUGCUGCAGGAAGAGCAUUCCGGGGCACUUUCCGGCCCGAUCAGCCUGAUGGGGUUCAUCCCUUACGGACUCCAGGUCUCGGCUGAGCGGCUCAACGAAACCACCCUUAACGUGCUGCAGCAUCAAAGUAAUGACGCCACCGACGAUGCCGAAUUAGUGGCAUUCCAGCACCGACAGCGUCAACGCAUUGCCGCGCAUUUAUCGGACCCCCGGUCAGCAGAUAUCCAGUUGGUGGGUUUGCCAUCAGCACUUGCUAUCGACCGGGUAUAUGCCGAUUGCAGCAAACUUAGCCCGGGACCUCCCCCAGGCCGGAACGCAUGCUACUCGCUUAUGGUCAGCUCCAUGUAUCCUGUCUCCCAGGGAAGCUCCCACGCGCAGUCUCUGGACCCAGAGGCUGCACCAAGAGUGGACCUUGGGUUUCUGAAGAAUCCCGCCGAUGUGGACGUUCUUGCGACGGCUGUCAUGGUCGCGGAUAACAUCUUCCAAUCUCCCCGCAUGAAGGGGCAGGUCUUGGCCCGGGUGCAGCCGCCACCUGAGGUCAACUUGCAGGAUGUAGAGCAGGCGCGAGAAUAUGUUCGGGAUCGGUUGAUGAGCUAUCACCAUGCACUCGGAACAUGUGCUUUGGGGUCAGUAGUAGAUGAGGAAUUAUGCGUGAAGGGUACUCGGGGUCUGCGCGUGGUCGAUGCAAGUAUAAUGCCGGCCCAGGUCAGUCAUGCUGUGCUCGGCACGGUAUAUGCAAUUGCGGAAAAGGCUGUUGACCUGAUUGAAAGCACUUACUCUCAAUCAAACGGGGUGUAAGCGAGCUUCUGUACCGUGAUGGAUGAUCUUUUCUGGAAUAAAAUUAGAGGAGGCAAUUCAAAUCAAUAAGUGAGAUAAUAAU